AUGGAAGAGGUCAGAAAGUUCAGAUUCAGUUUAAGAGAAGCGCAGAGUGACAGAGGUGUUAUUAAAGUUUUUGGAAGAGCAAGUCGUAAGGAUCCCAAUAGAAUUGCUCAGAGGGAUAACCUGUUUUAUGAUGAAAGAUCCCUGAGUCGUAAUCAUGCGCUACUAGGUAUAAAAUUGAUGGAACCAUUAGCAGAUGGUAUUACCAUGGAUCAAUUCAGGAUUUACGUUAAAGAUUUAGAAUCUACCUAUGGGAUUGUAGACUUGAACUCUCAGGAGUCUGAUCCAUUUGUAAUUGACUUGAAAAAUGGUGAAAGGUUUGGAUUGAUCAAAUUGAAUAACCCCAUCUCUGUUAAUCAACGCCGUGGUGCUAAAUUGAAAUUCCAGAUUGACGUGGAUGAUGUUGGCGAGGAUGAAUUUGAAUGCAGAGUUAGUGACGUUUCAUUCGAUGACAGCCCAUUGGUAACAAGACCGUCCACAUGUGAUAAUGAAAUUGAAUUUCUCAGUAUGUUACAAGGGUUUUCGCCAUCCGACUCUGAGUCUGAGUCUGAAUCUGAAGGUACGCCUUGUGCACCAAACGACGACAUGGAUUCCGUCUCAGAAAAUUCAUUCUAUUCUGAAACAAGUGAAAGUUAUGCGUUGGUAAAUCUUUAUACUUUGCCAAAAGUUGACAUUUGGGAUGAAGACGAUGAGGAGAGUGACGUGAGGAAGGAAGAUUUCAAAGUAAAUGAGGAAAGAAUUGGUAAUAAGAGACCUUUGCCUGAUGCAGACGAUGAAGAUGCUCAAGAUGAGGGUCAAGAUAUUCAAUUCCGACCAAACAAAAGGGCUAAGACAGGAAUUGUCUCUAAGAGAGAUAUUAUUACGGGAACUAUUGGGUUUUUAUUGGGUUCAGUUGGUACUAUUGGGUUUUUAAUUGGCAUUGCUGGAAGGUUAGAAUAG